AUGUGCAUAGAUCAGGAGCUGCGGGGAAAAGUGCAGCCAGAACUUAAUAAGAAGGAUUUGGAGGAGCUGGAAGAGGGACUGCAACCUGGCACAUUCGAUGUAGAUGUGCACCAGGGUCUCCCUCUUGCUACAGAAGGGGCAGAUAUUGGGAACUACAACCAGGACUGCGAGGCGGCCGUCAACUACCAGAUCAACCUGGAGCUCUACGCCUCCUACGUGUACCUCAGCAUGUCUUUCUAUUUUGACCGGGAUGAUGUGGCUCUAAAGAACUUUGCCAAGUAUUUCCUGCACCAGUCCCACGAGGAGCGUGAGCAUGCUGAAAAAAUCAUGAAGCUGCAGAACCAGAGGGGCGGUCGCAUCUUUUUGCAGGACAUCAAGAAACCAGAUUGUGAUGUUUGGGAGAAUGGGUUGACAGCAAUGGAGUGUGCCUUGCACCUGGAAAAGAAUGUGAACCAGUCACUUCUUGAUCUGCACAAGCUGGUAACUGACAAGAAUGACCCUCAUUUGUGUGACUUCACGGGUGGGUAA